UAAACAGCGUAAUAAGCGGCCCACUAUUGCUGUGUGUGCGAAUGUAGGAGAUGUAGUUUCAGACUGAAAACCAAAAAAAAAAAAAAAAAAAAGACUUAAUGUGAGUUAGUGGACUGUGCUGAAGGGAAACACUAAGCAGAGCGGGUUGUCAAGGUAGUGACGACGCUAGACGAGGAGACGGCGGAAGGAGUGAGUGAUAGUAGGAGUAGAGAGAGGGCGAGGGACCUCUGAAAUGUUUACUGUGAUAAUAAUUCCUACCGACGUUAUGAAUUUAAGACCAAAGAGGCUGAGAGAAAUGAGUGUGCACACAUACAUGUAGCUUUGCGGACGUUUGGUGGACUUAAAUCAUCCGCAGACUCGCUGCUGUUGACUUGUCGAUGAAGACGCUCUCAGACUCUGGACAGGUGACAGCUACUACCUGCCCAAUGGAGAAAUAUGAAAAGCUGGCCAAAAUUGGUGAGGGCUCCUAUGGUGUGGUGUUCAAAUGCAGACACAGAGAUACUGGCCAGAUAGUUGCCAUCAAGAAGUUUGUGGAAUCUGAAGAUGACCCAGUCAUUAAGAAGAUAGCAUUCAGAGAAAUACGUAUGCUGAAGCAGCUGAAACAUGUGAAUCUGGUCAACCUGCUGGAGGUCUUCAGGAGGAAAAGACGGCUCCACUUGGUGUUUGAGUUCUGUGAACAGACGGUCCUCAAUGAGCUGGACAAACACCCUCGAGGGGUACCUGAGGCUCAGCUGAAAAGUAUAGUGUGGCAGACUCUACAGGCUGUCAACUUCUGUCACAAGCACAAUUGCAUCCACCGUGACGUAAAGCCAGAGAACAUCCUCCUGACCAAAACCGGAGUCAUCAAGCUCUGUGACUUUGGCUUCGCCCGCAUUCUGACGGGACCUGAGGAUGACUACACAGACUACGUAGCGACCCGCUGGUACCGGGCCCCUGAACUGCUGGUUGGGGAUACUCAGUACGGGCCUCCUGUGGAUGUGUGGGCUCUGGGUUGUGUCUUUGCUGAGCUGCUCCAUGGGAAUCCACUCUGGCCAGGGAAGUCUGACGUUGACCAGCUCUACCUCAUCCGAAAAACUCUAGGUGACCUGAUCCCACGUCACCAGCAGGUCUUCCGCUCUAACGUUUUCUUCAGUGGAGUCAGUAUUCCUGAACCUGACACCACGGAACCCUUGGAAAAGCGCUUCCAUGGAGUGUCCCCUCAUGCCCUCCAAGUCAUGAAGUCAUGUCUGGUGAUGGACCCCUCUCUCCGGCUGUCCUGUGAAGAGCUGCUGGAGCUGCCUUACUUCCAGGAGGAAGGAGGAGCUAACUGGGGCCGUGAGAGUGAGCGCCUAGGAAGACGUCACGACAAAGGCUCCCGACGCAGACAGGCAGGGGCACAGUACCUGCCUCAGUUACCAAACAGCAACAUUUCACCAGCACCAGACGUCAAGAAACACGUGAAGCAUAAAUAUCACCUGCCCAACAUUUAACAAAGCAAUUCAGAUCAAUUUGAAUACAAAUAUGAAUAUAUGAAUAUA